UGUCUCGCAGCCGUCGCCAUGUUUAGAAGUGUGUACGCGUCCUUGGGCGUGCGACGUGACGAUGUAUCGUAAAAUAUUAGAUAUAGCUCAUGCGCCGUAUGUUACGUGAGGUACCCAAUUGCGACUUGACCCACGCGGAUUACGGGCGUGACGAUCAUUCUCGUGGAUGGCACACCUACGCCGCGGUAAUUUGUGAUUACAUUAUGCGUAACGUGCAAUGAGUGACAAACAGGGUGCACCUAUUCUACCACCCCUUAAUCGGGGUGCGGCUAAUAAUGGCGGAAAUAAUGGAAGUUCAGGUCAACAGACUGUCAGUCUGCAGCAAGUUCUCGCUACCACUCAAGGCCUCAAUGUGCUCGCUACUACCAGUGGGCAACAAUUCGUUAUUACGACUCAGGUUCCUGGUCUCACACAGGUCAUACCAAACAAUGCCACGACGAAUGCAAGUGGAACACAACAAGUCGGUGUCACCAGGAUCGUCAAUAUUACAGGCACGCCGCCGCGUAACGCUAUUGGAAGCGUUGGUAUUACCGGUUCGUCGCCGCAUUCGUCAUCGACGGUAUCGCGGCCACAAAACUCCACUAAGCUUAUGUUGACUACAUCAUCGAAACUCGUACGCACCUCCAUAAGCAACAUGUUUGUGGCACCGAUGUCGUCGUCAUCAUCAUUAUCAUCAUCAUCAUCAUCAUCGUCGUCGUUGUCGUCGUCGUCGUCGUCGUGCAAAUACAAUCGUCUUCGCCGUCGCCACCGGCACGGAAACGAUUGA